AUGUCAUCUAAUACUUCUUCGUCAAACUCGGGUGAUUUGGGAUACAAUGGCUUCCCUGUUUCGCUCAGCUACUUUGUGGCUGUGCCUGAAGUUCAGCUAAUUGAAGAUCCCAAUAUCGCAGUGCUCUUCAAGUCACUUUCCAAGAAGAAUAGCGUGACAAGAGAGAAGAACCUUAGUGACUUGGUGAAAUCUUUCAAUGAUCCAAACUGUACUAUUACUGACGCUGUGAUCAUGUGCUGGAUCCAGCUGUACCCAAAGCUAGCAUUGGAUAACUCGAAGCCAGUCAGACUUCUUGCUCAUCAAGUACAGGGCACGCUAUUGAGGAGAGUAGGUGGGAAAGAGUUUGGCAAGUACUUGAAAAGUACUAUUCCUUUGUGGCUUCUGAGUAUUUUCGAUACUGACUCGCCAGUGGCUAACGGAUCGUAUAAAGAGCUUCUUGAAAGCUUCCAAAACGAUAAGGAAAGGGUCGAUAAGAAACUUUGGCAUGUCUUCAGCGAACAGAUUAUCAAUUACAUUCACACAAUUGUAUGCUUGGAGUCGCAUGAAAGUUUAUCUGACCUUAGGUACGUCAAGAAGGAAGAUUCGAUUGCUAAGUAUGAAAGGGCAGUUGUGGGUGCACUUUCCAUGCUUCGGAAACUCAUUGAUAUUACCAAUAAUGACGACUCUUUUGCAUUAACAGACAACUCUAAGCAGCAGGCCAACGAGGUUUUGCAGCUGGAUGAGCUUUGGGAUCCAUUGGCUUCUUGCUCUGAUCCAGAGACUAUUAAUGUCGGUCUCUUUAAAGCAUAUCUCGGACUUUUAAAGACCCUUUUUGAUCUUCAGGAAAACAAAACUCCUUUUCCUUUUACAGCGCAGAUCGAAGAUCUCAAGGGUCUUUAUAAGCUUGUGAGCAAAAAGCUAAUCAAGAAUGUUAAGCUCAAGGAGAGCGAGAAAGUACAACCUCUCAUUUACUCCAAUGUUAUCAUACAGUUUUGGGAUACGUUGAAUGUGUUGACCUCAUUCACUCAAAUGGAUGCAGAGGCAAAGAAGUCACUCAAAAUCAAGAAGAAUUUCUGGGAGUUGGCUGGCUCAAAAGCCCACUCGCGCCUUAUGGAUUAUAUUAAGUUAGGCCAUUGCAACUCUGAUCCAUUGUACUAUAAUGUACUUAAAGCAUUCUUUAGAAAUGCAUCAUCUGUGGAAAUUAAGUCAGACUCUGACGACCUUUUCUUGGACUUGAACUCAAGCAAACAUAUCAAGAGCAUUAUGAAAUCCUUGCUCCUUCAAUACCCAAAACUUCCAACAUUUGCAUUUAAGAAGACAGCUGUCGAUUGUAUCUUUGUUGUUCUUCAACUAUCUUCAUCCAAACAUGUCAGUGACUUAAAGAAGGAAGCAUUCUUGACAAUUUUAGAUGGCCUUUCUUUGAAAAGAAUACGGAAAGCCGAUGUUCCAACCAGAGAUCAAGCUCUUGAAAUACUUGGUCAAUCUUGUAAGGACUUGGAUUAUGAUGCUGUGAGCAAUGAUCUUUGUGAAUCCAUCAGCAGUUCUGACAAGAUCACUUUACUUGGUUUCCAGUUCAAGAACGAGUUUCAGCUGGUCGCCUCAUCCUAUGUGUCUUUACUUGACAAGGAUGAGUCGAAUAAAUUGGCUGAUAAGGUGCUUUUAUCCAUGCUGGACAUGUUUGAACUUCCUGAUCUCACUCGUGCCUUCGAGGUUUUCAUCAGUUGCCUUCACAAAGGGUUCAGCAGAGAAACAAAAGAAUGGAUUCCAUUGCUUCCAUCGUACUGUACUCCUGGCUUUACAGACCUUCCAUUCGAGGUUCUCCGUAUUGUUCUUGAUGCUAACGUCGAUUGGGUCAACUAUGAAGAACUCAUCAAUGAUGUUUUUACGAAGGUAUCAACAGAUGUUCAAGACGCCCUUCCAAAACUUCUAGGUAUUCUUAACGAAGCAGAGACUGUAUCUGAAGCCGACUUACCAGAGGUGAAAGCAUACUUGAAGACCUUGUCGGUGAAAAAGACCACUUCUUCCUCGGAUAGUGAGGUCGUUUACAAUUAUAUCAACGAUCCGGAAAUCCUCCGCAAUCUUCUCACUUCUUCGACCGUACACGAGGACCCUGAGCGUUUCAUAACGGCAGUAUCCCUGUCGGGUACAAAGUUGGCGAACCUUGAUAAUGACUCCCGGGCUGGUCUCGCUCACGUAAUCCUUGGGAGCUUGAAGACUUCGAGUGUUGCAACCAUAUCUUCUUUCUUGUCACUUGUCGAAGACGAAAACUUUGUGUCUACGACCUUGUUUUCUAACAUUGACAAGUCAGACACUUCGACUGAGAAAGUUAUAGAGUUGUUGUCUCAACAUCCUAGAUAUUUCCCCUUGGAAGAGAUUUCUCAAAAGAUUCAUCAAGCGGUGAGUUUAGUUGACAUCAAUAGCGUUGCGAUUUCUAACCCCAUAUCUCAGAAUGUUCACUUGGGGAGCCAACCAACUCAGCCACAGCUUGAUAGCUCCAUUGUCGGCAUAACGCGUUUAUUGAGGUCAGUCUUGGUCGCUAAUAAGGAACCGUCGAUUGAAUUGAUCGCUAUUGCAGUGUUGGCCACUGAAUACCUCCAUGACUUCUUAUUUUUAGCCCAAACAGAGAAAGCGCUGGCAGACGCAUUGGAGGAGAAAUCCCAGUUAGACGAGUUACUCAAUCGCCAUGUUUUUGCAACGCUGGAGAGUGUCACAAAAUUUUUCAAUGGACUGGACGAGGCUACCUCGAUCGAAGGGAGGAUAUUCGGAGCCGUGUCAUCAAAGGGACCAUGGAAUGUCAAGGAUCUCUAUUUUGCUCGUUACACUACUCGUGUAUUUUCCUCUGAAUUUGAAAAGAUCUCUUUGGCAGAUUUCGAAGCUCUUGAUGUCAAGGUUACCAAGCUUGCCAACCAGCCUCUCAUCUUGGCUAUAUACUUGUCAUCCGUUUCAAAGUUCUUAGGUGCUUCGAAGAAACUCGACAGGUUAAGAAGCUUCGUUUUUGCCGAGAUCUUGGGUGUUAAGUCUUCUCCUGAUAUUUUGGAACUGGGAAAGUUGUGGUUGACAUUGGCUAUCAACUUCUUCAAUGUGGACUUCGAAGAGUACCCAGAAUACGAAAUUUUGCCUCCUCACAAAAUGGGAAUGCUUAUUAACCAUAUUUCCAGCUGGUUAGACUCCGAUAUUGCUUAUGAGGAUGACUUCUUGGUCAUUAGAAGUCUCUUGGCAUUAUUUUUCUCCAACUUGCUUAGCCGUUGUCCAGAAACUGCUCCAGAUAAGUCAUGGGAAGUUGCGUUCGAUUUGUGCCUUAAUAAUCUAAGCACUGCACAACUCGAGACGAACAAUAUCGAGUUAAGAUAUCUUACAGUGAAAUUGAGUUCAUCGUUGCUUAAAAACACAGAAGUACAUGGACAGUGGAAGGAAACAAGGACAUCUCUCCUUGAAGAACUUUGCGAUCUCAUGCUGAACGACGAGAUUGAAAAGCUGAAUCAAAAGCUCGACAAUCAAGCUGUCGAAUUGACCAACGAGGCUUUGAGAAGAGCCAUGGGCGGCUCCGAUAUUCCAAAUCGCAUAAUUUCUGAUACCUCAGACAAACUCUACAAAGCGCUUCACUCCUCAAAGUUUGUCGAUAUUCAGAGGAUUGCAACUGUUCUUUUGCAGAAGCAAAUUCUUUCAACUCGUGAUGACUUUGUCGUUGAGUAUCAGCUCAACAGAACCAAUUUAAACGGUUCUGAAGAAAACUUGGCUCAGGCUAAAUUACCUGAUCAGCUUUUAGAAGCAGUUAUGAAAUUCGAUGAAGAUCUUGAGCUUUCGGUCGAUCAUAGAAGAGAACAUGUUACCAUGUCCUAUUUGUGGAGUUGGUUGUUAAUUUUUGCUUAUUUCAAGGACUCUACUUAUGGAAUAAGAACUGAUUAUAUCAACCAGCUCAAAGAGCAUAAUAGCAUUGAGCAUUUAUUGAAUGUCAUUUUCGACCACGUUGAUCUCUCAGACUCAAAGUUCUUAAAGACUUUGGCCGACGGCAACGUUGACAAACUUAACCGUGUUGAUCCAGAAAACUGUUUGAUAGCUGGCUAUUCAACAAGUCAGGGAUGCGUGGGCGAAGAUUUGAUUUACGAAAUGAAGUUUUUGCUUGUCCAUCUUUAUCUUAUGUGCCUUCAGUACAUGGGAUCCUUCAGCCAGCAAUGGUUUAGCGAGCUCAGAGAUUUACAGUUGAAGAAGCAAGUUGAAAAGUUCUCUGUCAAAUUCAUUUCGCCCAUUCUCACAUCUAAAAUGUUGAACGAGGUUGACGAAUCCAAAUCCAAGCUUACAGACAAAGACGAAAAUCUUACCAUCAAGGUGAACAGGGUUACGAACGAGAUUAGAACUAUUUACAUUAUUGACGAGCAAAAGAUGGAAAUGAUAGUCAAAAUUCCAGAGACGUUUCCACUCUCCAGCGUUCUAGUCCUGGGACCCUUGCGCUUAGGUGUUAAGGAGAACCAAUGGAAAGCAUGGUUGCUAGCUUCCCAGAGAGUCGUUUCAUUAACGAAUGGCUCAAUCACAGACUGUAUCGAGCUUUUCAACAGGAAUGUCAACUUGCACUUUUCUGGAUUCGAAGAACCACUCUUUGCCCUCCAAAACGUGUCCAACUUGUCUGAACAAGUUUCAUGCUGCUUGCCUCUACAAGUGGUUUAA